GCGGCGGUGGCGCGGCCGGCUCAGGAGCUGCCUCGCGCGGCCGGGCGGGCGUCGCUGUCACGGCCGGCGGCGCCGCUCAGGGUCGGGCUCGGGCUGGGCCGGGCGCGGCCUCGGGGCUGCCCAUGGGGCGCGAGGGGCCAGGCCGGUGACCCCGGACGCCAAUGGACGCCCCUGAGGAGCCGCUGCCGCCGGUGAUCUACACCAUGGAGAACAAGCCCAUCGUCACCUGUGCUGGAGAUCAGAAUUUAUUUACCUCUGUUUACCCAACGCUUUCCCAGCAGCUUCCAAGAGAACCAAUGGAAUGGAGGAGGUCCUAUGGCCGGGCUCCGAAGAUGAUUCACCUAGAGUCUAACUUUGUUCAGUUCAAAGAGGAGCUGCUGCCCAAAGAAGGAAACAAAGCUCUGCUCACUUUCCCCUUCCUUCAUAUUUAUUGGACAGAAUGCUGUGAUACUGAAGUGUAUAAAGCUACAGUAAAAGAUGACCUCACCAAGUGGCAGAAUGUUCUGAAAGCUCAUAGCUCUGUGGACUGGUUAAUAGUGGUAGUUGAAAAUGAUGCCAAGAAAAAAAACAAAACCAACAUCCUUCCCCGAACUUCUAUUGUGGACAAAAUAAGAAAUGAUUUUUGUAAUAAACAGAGUGACAGGUGUGUUGUGCUCUCCGACCCCUUGAAGGACUCUUCUCGAACUCAGGAAUCCUGGAAUGCCUUCCUGACCAAACUCAGGACAUUGCUUCUUAUGUCUUUUACCAAAAACCUAGGCAAGUUUGAGGAUGACAUGAGGACCUUGAGGGAGAAGAGGACUGAGCCAGGCUGGAGCUUUUGUGAAUAUUUCAUGGUUCAGGAGGAGCUUGCCUUUGUCUUUGAGAUGCUGCAGCAGUUCGAGGAUGCGCUGGUGCAGUACGACGAGCUGGACGCCCUCUUCUCACAGUACGUCGUCAACUUCGGGGCCGGGGAUGGUGCCAACUGGCUGACUUUUUUCUGCCAGCCGGUGAAGAGCUGGAACGGAUUGAUCCUUCGAAAGCCCAUAGAUAUGGAGAAGCGGGAAUUGAUACAGAGGCAAGAAGCCACCCUGUUAGAUCUGCGCAGUUACCUGUUCUCUCGCCAGUGCACCUUGCUCCUCUUCCUGCAGAGGCCGUGGGAGGUGGCUCAGCGCGCCCUAGAGCUGCUGCACAACUGUGUGCAGGAACUGAAGCUCUUAGAAGUCUCCGUCCCGCCCGGGGCUCUAGACUGCUGGGUGUUUCUGAGCUGUCUGGAGGUGCUGCAGAGGAUCGAAGGCUGCUGUGACCGGGCGCAGAUAGACUCGAACAUUGCCCACACCGUGGGGCUGUGGAGCUAUGCCACAGGAAAGGUACUGCCCCGGCACGGAGUGCUCGCGCCCUCUUUGUGGGCCUGCCUGGGUGAUGGGGAAAUCAGCCGUUAG